GCCGCCAGCUGCACUUUUUUCGACGACAAUUUCUUUGACGUCAAAGUAAUUCUUUCCGGGCAUUUCGUAGCGGCGCUUCCAUGGUGUAGUUUAUUCGUCGGCUGACGUUUCUUAUCCAGCAGAUUAUGCCUCUUGAGGUACGUCUGUCGAGCUUUAUAGCAGUUUCUGAUUAGCUUGAAAAGGGCUGCUGAGACCGUGAGUGCGACCGGCCGUCCGCCCUGAAGUAUGGGGUGCAGCACCUGCGCGUGGACAUGAAGAGCGCGUCAUUGCAUUUUUCGUUUCUCCUCCUAGCCUUUCUGCCGCCGCAAUGUCCCGUCGUUCCCGGCCCCCGGCUCACCCUGGCGCAGCACGUGUCCACGCUGGACAAGUGUCCGCCGCUGUCGCAGAACCCGUCGUGUCCGUGCUACAACUUCGAGGACGGCAUCUUCCUCGAGUGUCCGGCCAUCUCGUUCGGGGCGCUGCGCGGCGUGCUCGAGCUGGUGCGCGCGCCCAUCAAGUCGCUCAGCCUGUACGACCUGGAGAAGAACCUGACCGUGUUCCCGGACAACCUGUUCCCCAACCACACCGCCAUCACGCACCUCCAGAUCACGCAGUCGUCCAUCAAGAACCUGCGCGACAACAGUCUGCAGACGCUCAGGGUGUCGCUCGAGUCGCUCGGCAUUUUGCACGCGCAGCUCCAGAGCGUGCCCCAAAGGGCCCUUUCGGGCCUCGCCCUCAGAGGCCUCAACCUCGAGGGCAACUUCAUCACAGAGCUUCCUAGUUACUCCUUUUAUGGACUGCACCUAAUGAAGAUCAACGUGAAGGGAAACCAGCUGGAGAGAGUAUCCGAGUACGCGUUCGCCGGAUUGGAAGAGACCCUCACGGAAUUGGAGCUGACGGAGAAUAAGCUUCGAACUUUCCCGACGGCCGCGCUCCGGAGACUCGAGCAGCUGAGAGCACUUCAUUUGGCAUGGAACGAGAUAUCGACGAUCCAGGACGACGGCCACUCGCGCCUCGACUCGCUCACCCUGCUCGACUUGAGUUCCAACAACCUGCAGGCCGUGGCCGCCCACAACUUUCGCUCAAUGCCCGCCCUGCGGUCACUCUCGCUCUACCACAACGGCGUCGAGACGGUGCACCCCGACUCCUUCUCCAUGCUGCCCCAGCUCGAGGCGCUCGAUCUCAGCCAUAACAAGAUCGUGCACCUGGACUCGACAACUUUCCGGGGCAACGCCAAAAUAAGGACGGUCGAUUUGAGCCACAAUCACGUGCACCACAUCACGGGGGUGUUUUCGCACCUGCCCGAGUUGCGCGAGCUAAUUUUAUCCGAGAACAACAUCCUGGAGGUUCCCCGCGGUGCCUUCACCGAAUCCAUUCAACUCUCGGUGGUGCACCUGCAGCAGAACGCGAUCCGCCGCGUGUCUGGCGAGGCUUUUGUUUCGGUGCCUUCGUUAACCGAGCUGCACCUCAGCGACAACUUCAUUAGCAGCAUCCCCGCCGAACUGUUCACGCACCUCGACAAGCUCACCUCGCUCAGCCUCGACAACAAUCUCAUUAACGUUCUCGCGCCCGGCACCUUCAGCGCGUGCAACUCUCUGCGCGAACUCCGCCUCCAGAACAACAAACUCGAGCACAUCCAGUCGGGGGUGUUUUCCUCGCUGCCGUCGCUGAUCGAACUCCACCUUCAAAAUAACGAAAUCAAGUCAAUAGACAGCAAGGCGUUUUACUCCAUGAACAACCUGCAGCACAUCAACCUUCAGAGCAACAAACUGGGCAGACUGGGCGACGUUUUCGCCCACAGGUCGUCCAGUCUGGUUUCAAUUCAGGUGGACAAUAAUCUCAUCAACAGCAUGCACGAGUUCACCUUCAAAGGUCAGGGUGGCGUUCAGAUCAUCUGGCUGAGCCACAAUCAGCUCAACCGAAUAGAGAGGACCCUGUUCCAGGACCUGCUGCUCAUCCAGCGGCUCUACCUGACCAACAAUUCCAUCAGUGCCAUCGAGGACAGAGCGUUUGUCAGUUUGCAGGCGCUGCAGUUCCUGGACAUGUCGCACAACAAGUUGCGGCAAAUCACGCGCCAGAGUUUCGCCGACCUGAGCGAGCUGGAGGAGCUCAGCCUGGCGUCCAACUUGAUCCAAUCCAUCGCCCCACGUGCCUUUUCCAGCCUGAAAAAGCUGCGCACCCUCGACCUUUCAGGAAACUCGCUCAACGUCAUCCACGCCGAGAUGUUCCAGAUCGGCCUGCCCAUCAGGGUGCUCAACCUGAAGAACUCGUCGGUCAGCAAAAUCCAGGACGGCGCCUUUCGAGGACUGAACAAUUUGAACGAACUCAACCUGGAGGACAACCGGUUCGGCGCCGAAACCAUCAACCAGCUGGACAUCCCCGGCCUCAGGGUCCUGCGCCUCUCGAAAAACAACCUGAAAGGUCUGGACUCGGAUUCGCUGCGCGGGUUGGGUUCGUUGACCACGCUUUAUCUGGACCGCACGCAGCUCAACAAAUUGCCGCACGACAUUUUCCAGGCCAACCACAAUCUGAACAAACUCGAUUUGGGCGUGAAUAAAAUCAAAGCGCUGCACAAGGACACGUUCGGCCACCUGGGCGGGCUGCGUGAGCUGCGAUUCAACGGCAACUCGAUGCUCGAGUUUCCGUACUCGGCGAUCGCCAACGUGACUAGUUUAGAGGUAUUGAUCGCUUCCAAUAAUGCGAUGCCCAAUGUGGAUUUUAAUCGGUUGAUUGGCCUGCGUAAAUUGCGAGAGCUCGACCUGCACGCAAACUCGAUAACCAGCAUCAUCGGCUUCACCAACACAAAUUUAUCUCACUUGCAGAGCCUUGAUUUGAGCGACAAUUUGCUCGCGGGGCUGAUCAAUAAUUUCUUCCACUUCUCCGUUGGCAUUCUGCGAAUUAAUCUGGCGAAAAACCAAUUCCGGCACAUUCCCACGCCACUGUCGGGCCAAAAUCUGCCGCAGCUGCGAUUUUUAAACAUGACCCAGAACCCGGUGACCGAGCUGGCGUUCGCACGCCGCUUCCCUUCGCUCCAGGAAAUCCACAUUUCGCGCACCAACGUCACCGUCAUCACGAGCCGCGACUUUGAGAACUACCCAAUGCUGCUGCACUUGUUCCUCAAUCACAACCGAAUAAUGAAAAUCUCGCCGAGCGCCUUCAAGAGCUUAAAGCAGCUGCUCACCUUGGAUUUGAGCAUCAACCAGAUCGAAAUGAUCCCCCAAGAGAGACUGCAGGGAUUAGGCGAGCUGCGCCUGCUCAACAUAAGCCACAACCAAUUAAAAGAGCUGGAGGUCUUCACCGGCGACCUCAAGUCGCUGCAAGUGCUCGACAUCUCGUUCAACCAAAUCGCCCGCAUUGCCAAGUCCACUUUUAGUCAAUUAGACAAACUCGCCGAGCUCUACCUGUACGGCAACUGGAUCUCUAGUGUUGCCAACGACGCCUUCAGGCCGCUCAAAAAAUUGAAGCACCUCGACCUUGGGCGCAACUAUCUUGAGAAUCUGCCCCUCAACGCCCUCAAGCCCCUCGAGACGCAAAUUAGGAGUCUGCGAACGGACGACAACCCGCUGCACUGCGGUUGCGACGCGCAAGAGUUGUGGGAAUGGUUCCAGGACCACCAGAAGUUGCUGGCAUCAGGCAACCGGCUGCGGUGCGAAUACCCGCUCGAGCUCAAGGGCCAGAACUUCCUGGAGCUGGAGCCGCCGCGCUUCUGCACCACCCCGCUCGUGCUCAAACUGGCCAUCCAGGACAUCCAGACGUUCUCGGUGGUGGUGUCGUGGGUACCGCGCAACCACAGCGGCAUCCACGGCUACCGCGUCGGCUACCAGUCGCUCGACCACCCCUCCGACCCCGCCAAGUCCAAGUUCAUGGAGCGCUCGUCGCGCACCGUCAAACUGUCGCGCUUGUACGCCAACACCAGAUACCAGGUCUGCGUCAUGGGACUGACCAACUGGGAACCGGGCAACGUCAGCGAUGACGUCGCCAGUGGAAUGAUGGACUCGAGCACGACAAAGUGCACCGAGGUGAGCACCCUGGAGCCGGUGGAAGGCGCGAGAGUGGAGGUGGUGCAAGUGUCGAGCGGCAAAGCGGCGCGGAACAUCCCCGAGGGGUCGGUGCUGACGCGCAGACUGGGUCUGAUCGUGGGCACGACCACGGGCGGCCUCGUGUUCGUGGUGCUCGUCGGCUGCCUCAGCUACCUCAAGAUCAAGAAGCGGCGCGGCAUGAAAACGGACGACGGCACCGGGCCGCAGGAGUACAUCACCUACGACCGGGCGCUCUCCUUCCAGAGCACCGACCCCAACCAGAGCACCAUGGGCACCACGGACACGCUCAUCGGCAGCUAACUAAUAUUCCACCUAUCCUAAUUGCGCCAAUUAGGAGACGAGGACUAUUGUUUUUUACUUCAGCAAAGAGAAGAUUUAACUCGAUAUUUUUUUAUAUUAAUUCUCAAGUGGUUUCGAAAACAACAAAACCAAUCAUGAACUGGAAUGUUUGUCAUUUUUCAACCUCCGGACGAUCUCGGCCAACCAAAGAAGAAGCAUCUGGUGAAUAUGGUGGUGAAUUUUAUUUGUUACUAUUUCAGGCAGAACGUUAACAACACGUGCGGACACUCGGUGCGAAUUGCUCAAUUUGAAGAAUUAUUAUUAUUUAGAAAAAGGAAAUUAUCUCACCACCAGAAAACUAGUGCUCUCGCAACUUAAAAUUCACUUUCUCUCUUCGAUAAAAAAAAUAUAAAUUUGAAAAUUCGCUUUUGAAUAGAAUUCACGGUUAGGUCUCCCGAAACAACCCCGACCGCAAAAUUUCACCAUUCAUCUUAAUGUUCCGCGAAAAAACAAGCAGGCUCGAGCAAGGAGCGGAAAAGCAGCGGCAACAGAUUAUUACGAAAGUUGUGCUCUUUUUUUCUCAUUGAAAAGUUGAAGAAAGUUUUUAUAUGAUGCUUUAGUGCACUCUGAUUAAAAUGCACGCGGAAAAUAUAGAACAAGACACGCGGACAAUGUAUCAUUCGAUUAAAAGUUUUAAUUGUCUAAUAAAUUCAUUAGUCGGCGCCGGAGUCCUUCUUUGUGCGCCACUUUAAUUGUGCGCAAAGUGUGAUGGAUGCGAAGAAUGCGCGCGCGCGCCAGGUACAUAAUCCAUUCUCGCGCGCGUCCAUUCAUUCGUCUGACAAUGCAAAUUACCCCCGGACGAACUGAAAUAAUGAAUGCAUCAGCAUUAAUAACCGCCAAAGUUUCGGCGCCGCCGCCGACAAACAAACAAAACACACAUUCGCAUUCAGCGGGCCGGGUGUUGCGCAAUUUUUUAUGAAAGGGUGGGAAAGCGGAACAAGAGGCGAAACUUUUUUAUGGUCACCACAUAAAAGCGCGAGAGAGUUAUUUUUCCGUGUUAAAUUUAAUGCGACGCCCCGUCAUGCAGGAAAUUUUUCAAAGUCAUUCGGCAAGUGAAUUUUUUGCCCUUAAUAAAAAAAAAAAAUAGAAAAGGAGAGGAUGAAAUUAGCAAAAUGAAAACCGCCGGAGGGAAACUCACUCGCAUGGGAAUAUAAAUUGAUAAAUUCUAAUUGAAAAUUUUAAAAGUGAAGCAGAAAAUUGUUAUUUAUGUUAAUUUUCAUUGAAACAACUUUAAAUUUUAAAGAUUUUGAGCAAAAAUUCUGAUAUCAGGAAAUUAUUAUUCUAAAAUUCAUUUCUGUAAAGAUCACUGGAAUUUUCCACUACUCAAAAUCAUAAUUAUGAAGUUGAUGAGACUUAAAACUUGUCCCAAAAACUAAUCUUAAUUAAUUAUUGCAUUUAAAAUUAUUAAUUUCAGGAAUUAAGAAUAAUUAAUUAUUGCUAUGAUAUCUCAAAUUUUUGCUAAUAAUGCAAUCAAAUUAUUUGCCAAUUUUUAACUGAUAACUGAUUAGACUCAACAAAUGCUCACAAAAUUAAAAAAUAAAAUUAGGGGAUAAUUCUAGUUACCAGGAGAAAAAUCCGUUCAAACCAUCACGCUUUGUGAGAGGAAAACUCUUUUAUUUGCCUGCUUUUUCUAUGCGGGCAUUCAAUUAAUCAACCGUGUUUUUAGUCUUUUAGUCAAUGUGCGAAUUGUUUUUUCCGCACACCCGCCGCACGGAUCACAAGUCUUUUGCGGUGUGGAGAGACAAUGGCGCCGCCAGAAACAAAAACCACCUUUGCUGGUAAAGGGCAAUAAAUUAAACUGUCUUCGCUUUUGAAUUGGAGACGCGGCGAGACAAAACUGUCAUACAAUAUGCAUUGCCGCGGUAUAAAUUCGUGCCGGAGAAAACUGUUGACAAAGUAAUUUAAAAUCUGACGUUUCUCAUCAGCUGGAGAUGUCUCCGCGUUACAAAUUCUGGGACAGCUCCACUCGCAGAAAGAACUACUCCUUUUCUCUCUCCCUUGCAAUGCAAAUAAUUUAUCUCUCUUCGCGCGGCGGGAGGCUCGACCUUAUUUAAAAUUCAUUUUGCUGCAAUGUAAAAAAUUUCGCGGAUGCAUUCAUAAAUCAAGAGUCAAGCAAACUUUUUUACUUUAACAGUAGAAAAGUUUUAAUUUUAUUUUAGUUUUACGUUCAUUUCAAAAAUUUGAUUGAACAAACUUAUCUAUUUCCAACAAUUAUCUUUUUUUUUUAAAUUGAAUUCAUAUAGAAGU